GGCCGCGAUGCCCGGCGGGGCCGCGGGCUGAGGCGGCCGCCCGCCCGCCGCCAUGCCGGUGAAGAACCGGUACAACCUGGUGGACGAUGGCUGCGACUCCCGCGUCCCGCUGCACAACGAGGAGGCCUUUCAGCACGGCAUCCACUUCCAGGCCAAGUACAUCGGCAGCUUGGAUGUCCCCAGGCCCAACAGCCGCGUGGAGAUUGUGGCAGCCAUGAGAAGGAUCCGGUACGAAUUCAAAGCCAAGAACAUUAAGAAGAAGAAGGUGAGCAUCAUCGUGUCCGUGGACGGGGUGAAGGUGAUCCUGCGCAAGAAGCAGAAGAGAAAGGAGUGGACCUGGGACGAGAGUAAGAUGGUGGUGAUGCACGAUCCCGUGUACAGAAUUUUCUACGUCUCACAUGACUCGCAAGACCUGAAAAUAUUCAGUUAUAUCGCAAGGGAUGGUGCAAACAACUCCUUCAGGUGCAACGUCUUCAAAUCCAAGAAGAAGAGCCAGGCCAUGCGCGUGGUGCGCACCGUGGGACAGGCCUUCGAGGUGUGCCACAAGCUGAGCCUGCAGCACGCCCUGCAGAACGCCGACGGACAGGCCGACGGCGCCAGCGACAAAUCGGCCGAGGAGCAGCCGCUGGAAGUUCACCAGAUAAAGGGCUCCAAGAUCACGGAUGUGGACGAGGUUGGCAUCGAUACUGGUGGCAUCUGUGUGUCCGAAAGGGGACCCAGAGAGCUGCCAGGUGCCAGAGGGGACCUUGGCAUGCUGAAACCUGGGCAAGCCUCAAAGGAAAAGAACGGCCAGGAUGCCGAAAACUGCUCCCUCCACCUGGCCAGCUCACAGCAGCUGCUCAGCCCGAGCAGCCCCUGCUCCUCAGCCUCCAUCACCCCGCUGGCCUCCCAGCACUGCCUCCAGCUGCUCCAGCAGCAGCUCCUCCAGCAGCAGCAGCAGACGCAGGUGGCUGUGGCCCAGGUGCAGCUGCUGAAGGACCAACUGGCGGCCGAGACGGCGGCGCGGAUCGAGGCGCAGGCCCGGGUGCGGCAGCUCCUGCUGACCAACCGUGACCUGCUGCAGCACGUCUCGCUGCUGGUGCGGCAGCUGACAGUGCUGGAGGCCCGGGAGGAGCACCGGGACGAGCAUCGGCAGCCGGUUGACCACUCCUUACAAAACCUGUCCCUGGCCCAGUCCCUCUCCCUGAACCUGAAGAACCACUACAGCCUGGAUGUCCACGUGCCGUCCACUUCCACCCCCGCCAGCAUCCUGGGCAGCCCCGUGGCCCCCAGCUCACUGCCUUCCCUGGGCCCCAGGGACUCCUACCUCAACCUCGUCAGCCUGGACAGGGGCAGCCACCGCUACAGCAGCAAGGAGGGGGACGAGUGUCUGGCGGUGCUGGAGGGGCAGGAUGGGCUCAGCCGGCGCGUGGAGGGCUCCGAGGUCAGUGACUUCACUCUGCUCAACGGGAACAGCCGGCAGAAGGUGGAUGACACAGACAGAGGGGACGAGGACAGGCGGCAGCCGCCCAUUCCCAAGCUCAACCCACCACCACCCAUCCUACGCAAAAGGUCAAGCAAGACCUCCCCGAGCCUGGAAGUGGAGGUGAAGUCCGAGAGUACUGCCCACCUGAGCCUACCCAGUGCCAGCAUCUCCAGCCUCACCAGCAUCACUGCCAGCUCCCUCACCCUCUUGGACCCUGAGGCGAGAACUCCUGCACGGAGUGCUGCCUCCAGCACGGAGCCUGGCCCUGCCGGGACCUGCCAGCGCACUCUGGGCAAGGACAGGACUGGAGAGAACAGGCCAAUGUCCCCCUUGGCCAGCAUCCAUGACCCAACAGCCAGCGAGACUCUGGCCAAGGAGCUGAUGGCCCUGGGCAGCCCCACGGACAGCUCACUGCCCUUCUCCCCUGCUGAUGACACCUGCUUGCACAUCAGCUUCUCUGAAGAUGAGCUGGACACUGCUGUGGGGCCCAGCAGAGUCCCCUCUUAGUGGGACCACACAAUAUGUGGUGGCUGGUGGCUGGCAGCCCCAGCCUACAACCCUGUGCUGGGAUUGGGGGUCCCUGUGCCCAGGAUACAAGACAGGUUCCUUUCCUGUCCCUGUCCCACGUAACAGCUUUCCCCACCCCACAGGAUGGGACUGGCCAGCCCUGCCUCAGUCUGCACCAGCUCACUCUGCUGUCACACUGCCAUCCUGUCCCUGCUGACACAGCCAGGGAUGCUCACAGCAGAGAAUUCCCAGGGAGCUGAAGGGUGGAAGCCCUGGGCAGGGCAUGGCACAGCGCUGUGGGACAAGAGGCUGUUCUGGUUCAUCAGUGCCACCCAUGGCAGCCUGAGCAGGGCCACACAGCACAGCCAUGGUGUCACUCCCCUGCCCAGCUGCCUGAGGUGUGUCCCAGUGUGCCACCACGCUGGGUCUCUCCAGGGCUGCCAGUGUCCACCAGCCCCACCUUGUGCCCAGCCCUGCUUUGGGGGCAGCAUCCCCACCACUGUGUCCCCAUGCAGUGAUGCCACCACUGCCUCCAUAGGUGCCUUCUCCCACUCCCCAGCACCCACUGCCUACACAGCUUGGGCCACCCCUCUGAGGCCACUGAUGGGUGUAGGGCUGGCCCUGGGAGCCUGCAGCAGUGGGGGUGACCCCCUAAGGAAGGGUGCACCCCAUGUCCCGGGGUCAGGGCAGAGAGCCCUCCCAUGCCCCUGAGCUGCUGGUGGCUGCAGGCAGGAGGCUGCUCCUUGCACAGAUUUUAGGGUGUUUGGGUCUGGUCUUAGAAAUCUGAGUGUCCUGGGAGGAGUUAAGGUUUAAGGAAGAAGCUGAUGGUGGGGUGAAGGGCAGGUUCUGUGGAGGGACCGAGGUGAUGCUCAUCCACCUUGGUUGUUUGUCAGAGGGUGUUGGGAAAGUGUUGGAGAGUUGAGUUGGGAAGUGUCAAGCAGAAAUGGAAACUUGGAGCAGCCGUGCUGCCUGUCCCUGGCAUGGUGCUGCUCCUGUGGGGAGAGGGGGGUGACAAGACCUGCACCCAGAGCCUGCCAUGGCAGUGACAGAGCUGGGAGGGAGCUGGGGACUGGGCCAGGGGUUGUAAAGCUCGGCUGGGCUGUCCCAUAGUGCGGUAGUGACAGCCCAGCCCCUCCAUAGGAUGCUGCGGUUUGGUAAUGGACUUUUAAAGAAAAAAAAUAAAGGUGUCAGAUUUGCAGAG